CCUCGGUAAGGAAGCCCGGUGCGGAUGCCCCGGAUGGAGGGCAGGAUCAAUCAACACCUAUUUGGGUGCCUGAAAGAUUGACCAGAUUCAUACCUCCUGAUGAAGAGGAUGUUACUUCCCCUUCUGAUGAUGAUCGGGAUUUUCAGCAGAGUGCAACCUCAAACGAUACAUCAAAGGAACCUAUGGGCAAUAGUUAAAGCAUGGCCAUAUCCUUUACCGUUAACUAAUACUUUGCUUAUUCUUCCCCCUUUGUUCUCUACUAAUGCUUCUACGGGAUUGCCCACUGCUCUUAAUGAUCCUGAUAUUCAGUCCUAUAAUUCUUCCGUUAUAUUUCUUCCAGGAACCCUGUGUUUUGAUUUACCCUCCAAUGUUACAAAGUACUUUGAUCCCUUUACAGAACUUCCAUAUGGACCUUGUAUUAAUUUACAAUGCCAGGUUCAAGGGUUAUUCUCAAGAAAAGAGGAUGCCAAAACAAAAACUAGAGCAACUGUGCAAUUCACCUAUGAGGGACCCCAAGGAAAGGGUGGCCACAUAGAGACAGUAGGAAGUGUAGUUUCUAUUACAGGAUUGGUGCCUCGGCGGCUUCCACUUUCUUCUGUCGGAUUUAAGACCCCCAGGAUUUUCCCCCCUUGUAAUCCUAAGUUUUCUACUCCACCUAUCUGGACAGGUUGCCAAAAUACUAGGCGAGCUGCACCUGUGCAACAUGGAUUCUUUUUUACACCAAAUUUUACUUCGCAGCGUACUACUGAAAACUUUACAGAUCAUGAUGCAUUUCUAGGAAUACUACAUGUUAAUCCCUUUGAUAAUUGGUUACUAUUCACGUCUAGUUCUGGGUACACUAACCUUCAACCCCUUUUUGCCUUAUUAGGAGGAUCGUUCAAAUUCUGCAAUUGGAGCCAUUUUAUGGAUUCCUCUUAUAUCACGGAGGCUAGUGUAAACUGUAUAAAGACUAUUAUCUUUCCACCUACCCCUGUCUGUGUAUCUCCACCUUUUAUGUUUCUCCUUACUAAUAGUGUUGACAACACCUCAGUUCUUAAUUGUUCAAUUAAUAAUUGUUCCCUUUCUCAGUGUUGGAAUGGUACAGUAUUCAACCGAGCGGUGAUAAUGCGAAUCCCUACCUUUUUGCCUGUCCCCGUUUCAGUUACAGAUGCAGAACUACCUGUAUUACUGAGUAGAAAUAGAAGAGACUUUGGUAUUACAGCUGCAGUUAUAACUGCUGUUGUUGCGGAGGCAGCGGCGGCUGCAGUGGCAGCUGCAGCCCUAACUACUACCAUACAGACAGCUACUACAGUUAAUCAAUUGGCUGAAAAUACUGCUACAGCGCUACAAACACAAGAGAGCAUUGAUCAACAUCUUAAAGCUGGAAUUCUGCUGGUUAACCAAUGGGUGGACCUACUGCAAGAACAAGUGGACAUUUUACAAGAACUUUUGGGACUUGGGUGUAUUUACUCUCUACGAGCAGUCUGUGUAACUCCCAUAAUGUAUGAUAAUCUUAGUACUGCAGCUGAUUUGUCUCGAAAUCUUUCGCUUUACCUUACUAAUACUUAG